AUGGACCGGCCUGUCCCGUGCCAUGACCAGGACUGGGACGAGUGGAAGGGCGAGGCUGAGCCAGACCUGGACGACGCCGAGGACAUUGCAGCGCUGCGCAGCGCCGUGAUCAAGAAGCGGCGGGCGAGGAAAGGGCGGCGCAGCGUCACGCGAGACGAGUGGCUGCGCCCCAUCGUCGACUUCCAGGGCAUCCGCGACAGGCUGGCCUUUGAUGAGCAGGACAGUGAGGAGAGGGUGUUCAUCGAGGCCGCUACCAACCAGUUUGAGUCGCGGGAGGCCGUCAAGUAUGCAGGGCUCAUCUUUGGGGUGUCGAUCGUCGCCGGCUUUGCGGUGAGCCGGCUGCUGGCAGAGCCGCUGUGGACCUACGCUGCGGGCGUCAACCCCGCGGCGUUUGCCAUGUCGGACCAGCAGAAGUUCGAGGCGGUUGAGGAGAUUCACGCCGAGGAGCUGCGCCUCCAGAUGGAGGCCACGGUGGGCCAGGCGCCCCCGCUGUCCGAUGCCGGGGUCCUGGAGCACCUGCGGGCGGAGGCCAAGCGCAUCCAAGGGGAGUACAAGGCCUACAAUCGGGCGGCACUAACCAACCUGGUGUCCGACUCCGUCACCGGCAGCCUCAUCUUCGCCGCCCUGCUGCAGAACAACAGCCAGAGGACCAUCCUGUUCCGCACCAUCGGGCGCAUCCUGUCCGGCCUCUCAGACACCGCUAAGGCCUUCCUGAUCAUCCUUGUGACCGACACGCUGCUGGGCUACCACAGCGAGGAGGGGUGGACUGCGGCCGCCCAGCUCUUCACCCAGCACUAUGGCUUCCACCCAAGCGAGGACAGCAUUCAGAUCUUUGUGUCAAUCGUCCCCGUCUGCCUCGACUCCUACUUCAAGUACUGGAUCUUCGUCGGCCUGAACAAGCAGGACCCCGCCGCCGCCGUCACCCUGCGCAACAUGGACCGCCAUUGA